AAAGUGAUGGCGGGGACGAGUUCCGUCGUGUAAGGAUUUGGCGGGAUUCGGUCUAAGGCGUUAUGCAGCCCAGCACCUGAUGAGAAUCCUCCCAUGUCGUCCGUGUGUGUGUGCAUGAACAUGAACAUGAAUCCCCUCCAGUGGACGGCGUUUGGAUGUUGUGAGAGUGGAUGACACUCCACUGUCUGAUGCAGUGGCCACGCGUUACAAAUGCCAUCGAGAUCCAAGAGUCGCAUUCGGAUUCCCAGUGGGAUGGACAGGCUGAUGUAGGUGGGAGUGUUGUAGGUGUAGCUGCAGAUGUGCUGUAGGCUGUGUAGCUGUAGGCGAGAGGUGGCCAUAGCUCAAGCUCCAAAACCGCCCCCACCAUAACCACGGCCGUCCCCAAGAAACACCUACCACAUUGAUUCGUGAUCUGCAACUUGCACCAGCUUUAGCAACUCCAACCUCUGCUCACAAACGCUCAUCAUGUCGCGCCGUCCAGCAAAAGGAGACUAUAUUGAAACGGACACCGGCAACAAGGUCGCCCGCAAAGCCGUCCUCGUUGGCACCCAAAACAUCAUGCUCGGCGGAAAGACCGUCAUCCAGCCCGAAGUCAUGAUCCGAGGCGACCUCGUCCGCACCGCCGCGCCUCCUCCUUCGUCUGGCGGAAACGCCGCCCCGGCAAACACCACCGCCGUCGCCAUCGGCCGCUACUGCUUCCUCUCGCGGGCCGUCCUACUGAGGCCGCCCGGGCGCAUCUAUAAAGGCGUCUUCACGUAUAUGCCGCUGAGAAUCGGAGACCACGUCUUCAUCGGGCAGGGCACCGUGGUGCAGGCGGCGAGCAUCGGGAAUCAUGUGUACAUCGGGAAUGGGUGCGUCAUCAACGAGUUUGCCAUUAUCAAGGACUACGUCAAGGUCCUGGAUGGCACGAUUGUCCCUGCGAACAUGGUCAUUCCGAGCUUUUCGAUAGUAGCUGGUCAGCCGGGCCGGGUUGUAGGAGAGCUGCCUGAUGGUGCGCAUGAAGAGUUUGAGCUGAGGGACCUCUAUAAGACGGUUGGCAACAACCCACAACCCGCGGCGGCCUGACCGACUUUUACGUAUAACUGACGGAUGGAUACCUUUUUACGAACACCUUCUGGUCGAACCACAUGACGGCCUACUGGAAUU